CCUGUAUAGUUUGCUGUCAAACACAAACAUUAAUUCUUACUGAAUACCUAUAAAGUUCAGAGAUUAAAUAUUAGAGCUUCAUCUUUUAUACACUGUACACAUUGACCAAUCAGAGAGCAGUAGCACAAACAAUCUGCUGUCGCUCAGCCGUUUUUCGUGGAUUUCUCAAUCAAUAGCUUUUAUACUAGGAAAUCAAGUCCAGGAUAGGGCUGGGCGUUGUUUCUGGGGAACAACCGUUCAUUUACAAGAACAAACGGAAUUAUCAAGAACAAUCACAUUGUUCCAAAAAAAAGAAAUAAAAAUAUUGGAAAAAUUAGUAAAAGAACGGAACGGAAAGGAAAUUGCUUGAAAAGAAUGUCAAAAUCAGGAAAGUGAUCUUAUGGUCAAGAACACUUUCUAAGUCCAGCACACAUUUAAAAUCAGGAAUGUGUUCUAAAUCAUCUAAAUAUAAUCAAAAGACUUUUUAAUAAGAUCGCCUCAAUCAUUUAUAAGCUGUGACCUAACUCAGGUUCCCAUAGUUUUUAAGCAUAAUCAGGACCCAUCAUGCAGACUUCUAGAUCAUUUUUUAGCUCGGUCUUUGCAUGCCUUGCCUUCUGUAGAAUAAUUUUACCAUUGAAUUAUAAUCUAAAAGAUGUGUUGCUUCAUGUAGCAUGGAUUACAUCUGGAUUUAUCAGUUCCGUAGUCAUGGUAUUUAAUGAUGUUUAUAUCCUUGACUUAAAGCAUGUUAAUCCUCGUGAGCUGUCCUACAUCUGUUCAGACAUAUUUGGAAUUCUCAUGACUACAUUUCCAUACCCCACAAUGGCUUACUUUGUAUUAAAAAAUGACUACAUGAUGAGGGACAAGAAUCUUGGUAAACCAAAACAAUUUUGGUUAUUCUUAGCAACUGUUAUUCUUCAGAUGAUAUCUCUAGGUUUACUAUUGUACACCUAUGCCCCAGGUUAUAAAAUCCAUGCUGCCAUUUGUAUGAUAUUUGUAGACUUUAACCUCCUCAUUGUAGAAACUACAACAACCCUGCUGAUUGGAAUCUCAACAGCAAGAUUCUGUAAAAAAGUUUCUGAAUUAGCAUCAGAUUCAGAUCCACUCUUGAUUCUGGAGCAAAAUGUUGAGGUUCUUAUCAAAGCUUUUACACAAUUGAAGCAGGGAGCAGAAUCUGUUCUUUUUGUAACAUUUGGUAUUGAGACUGUUUAUUUCAUUUUUCUCUGCUACAUGGUUCGAAUGAAUCAAGAAAUGGCUCCUUAUGUAUUGUUUGUAGUACUUAAACUCACUUAUGUUGCAUUUGCUUUGGAAAACUGUUACAAAAAUUACAAAUCACUUAUCAGAAUGCUUAGAAAAAAGUUGUCAGUAUCUGAUGUAAGCUAUCAAGAAGAGAAGAGGCUGCUGGAUUUGAUCUAUCAAGUCCAAGAGGAAUCACCAUUUACAGCUCUUGGAUUCUUUGAUGUAGACCGCAGCACACUCACUUCUAUUCUAGCAACUUCAGCUACAUAUAUUAUUAUUCUUCUGCAGUUUGAUCAAUAGGACGAUACCAAGAAUGUGGACCAUGGAUGUUCCAUCGAGACAGCUGAAAACAUCAAAGGCAAAAAAAAUUCUGAAAAUUCCAUGUUUACAGGGACCUUUGCCAAGUGUUCCCAAGACCAAUUUUGCCCACAAAACAAACAAAGCACAGCAAGAUAUGUUUUGCAGGCAAAAUUUAUUAAAAACUUUGCAAAGCAGGUUGGUCUGUUAGAUUAUAUAAUCUAGAUUUGAAAUAUUAUGCAGGUUGCAAAAACACUUUGAGGAAGACUUGAUUCCUUUCAUGUUAAUUAUAACUA